UCCGAGUGCGCAGGGAACAGCCCCGGCCAGGGCUGGAUCAGGCCCGGAAAUCCCAGCCUGCCCCCAGUGGGAUCGGGGCUGCGGCGCUGGGCAGGAUGCGGGGCAAGGACGAUGAGUACGAUUUCCUCUUCAAAGUUGUGCUCAUUGGGGACUCUGGGGUGGGGAAGAGCAACCUCCUCUCGCGCUUCACCCGCAACGAGUUCAACCUGGAGAGCAAGAGCACCAUCGGCGUGGAGUUUGCCACCAGGAGCAUCCAAGUGGAGAACAAGACGGUGAAGGCUCAGAUCUGGGAUACGGCCGGGCAGGAGCGGUACCGCGCCAUCACCUCCGCCUAUUACCGUGGGGCCGUGGGGGCUCUGCUCGUCUACGACAUCGCCAAGUACCUGACGUACGAGAACGCCGAGCGGUGGCUGAAGGAGCUGCAGGACCACGCCGAUGCCAACAUCGUCAUCAUGCUGGUGGGCAACAAGAGCGACCUGCGGCACCUCCGCGCCGUGCCCACCGAUGAGGCCAAGAGCUUUGCAGAGAAGAAUGGGUUGUCCUUCCUGGAGACGUCUGCUCUGGACUCCACCAACGUGGAGACGGCGUUCCAUACCAUCCUCGCGGAGAUUUACCGCAUCGUGUCCCAGCGGCAGAUCCCGGGGCAACCAGAGCCCGAGUUCGGCCCCAGCACCAGCAUCGAGCCCAUCCGGGUGCUGCCCACGCAGCAGGAGGGCAGGCAAGGACCCUGCUGCCAGAACAUCUGAGCACCCCCAAGAGCACCCACCAAGCGAUGGCAUCACCUUUAUCACCCUCUACCUCUGCUCGCUGCAGAUCCCUCCGGACGCAGCGGCUGCUUCUGCAUCGCUGCCCUCGUGUGCACCAUCGCGCUCGCCCUGUGUUUAUGUAGGACCUCCACAAAUAGCAGGGGGAAAACCCCACCAGGGUCUCUCCCUUCUCUCCCUCGUUGUUUGGGACCUGGCAUCUCUUUGUGUCCCUGCUUCCUCUAGCCCUGAAGGCACUGCCAUGGGGUGACUCAGGGUGGCACUGAGUAAGCGCAAGCAUCCAUGGGUGCAGCCCUUCAGGGCAGGGUGGGGAGGGGGACAUUGGGUGCACCCUUCUUUGGGUUGCACCCAGCCCUGCCCCUUCCGCGUCAAGGGCUGGGUGAGCCUCUGGGUGCUGGUGGGGCAGCCGUGGGGCACCCCGGUGCGGGCAGGUAAGGACAGGACAAGGGGAAUGGCUUGAACCUGCUGGAGGGGAGAUGGAGAUGAGCUCGGAGGUGGUUCCAUGAUUCUAGGAUCCCUUCCG